CAAAGUUCUAAAGUCGACUUCGUUCGCCGAAGGUGUGGCUACCGAGGCGUUUUAACUUAGUCUGGUGAAUGCUGGACAUAGAAGGAAGUAGUGUUUGGACGAUUCCUCAUCGCCUUCCUCCAAACAUCUUUGGCUUCUGGCUGGACCCUAACCUUAUUGCAUAUGUGCCCAUUGGACACUCCAAUCAUUGCGACAAGAUGUGGCUUCCUAAGCGAUAGCUGCUGGAAGUACCGUUUUCGGUGGUCAUAAAACAUUUAAAAAUGUUAGGUCCCCAGAGUCUUGUUGUUGUCUUGUAAAAAUGGAAAAUCUAUAGAAAUUCAUGGUUAUAAAAAUAACUAUACCUAAAAUAUUUACAGUGCGUUUUUGAAGGAAAUAAAUAUCCGUUAGCCGCGUCGAUAAACGUUUAAACUUAUGAAUCAGAAACUUUAAUACGAAUUGAGGUUAAGUGAUUACUGAGUUCACUAAUAACAACUAGCUUUAAUAGUAGCGUAUUCCACCACAAUUUCUCUCAGUGUAUAUUCUUAUUAAACUAAUUGAGAUCCUUGUGUCGUUUAGGUUGAUUGAAUUGAUAUUAUCGCACAUUGUUUUCAACUGAUAGCUCAACGCAUUUGUUGUUGUAAUAUUAUUAUUUUGCAUUUGUAUAACAAUAAUUUUAUUCGUAUUAACUCGUAUGUAAAUUAACCGAACAUAAAAUUAGGAUUAAGCCUAAAGACUCAUAAGCGUUUAUAACAGUGAGUUCUAGAGAGUAUAGUUGAGUGGUCGCAAGUCGGAGUAAAAUAAAGGAAAAUGAAUUUGUUCCUGCAAAUAGCGUCAUUGCUCUUCGGCUUGAUGCCCUUCAAUCGCACCGAAGCGGACUCAAAUUUAGUUGUGGACUAUAGCAUCAUAUUCAUUAUGCCAGUUUUCUAUCUAUUCUGCUACUACUAUGUGAACUAUCAGGAAUUGACCAUUUACAAUUUGAAGGAAUGCGCCAGUAUUUGCAACUUUAGCGGUAAACUGCUGGUGCAUUUGGGCUGCUUUCUUUAUUUGACCAUUUACUUUCUAACGCUACUGCGUCAAAAAAAGUUCUACAUUGAAUUUGGCAAAAGACUAUUAGAAAUCGAUGAAUUAACAGAGAAAUGUAUCGAAUUGGCCGACAAUCGCAGUACAAUGACGGUAACAAAAAAGAAGCGGCUAUUCUAUAUAACAUGGGCCUUCAUAUUGGGUACCUUCGCAUUCGCUAUAUUUUAUGAUGUCAGGCAUGUUUUCAAAUACUUCGGUCCAUUUUGUUUCUAUACAAAUAUGGUCAUCACAUUUCCAUACGUCACCGGCAGCUUAGUGCAGGGCAUGUUCGCCUCCUAUAUAUCGGAGAUUUCCGCACGUUUUGCCGCAUUAAAUUUGCUCUUCGAAAAGAUCAAUAAUGAGAGUGAGAAAAAGAAUUCACCAAUCGCCGUUAUGGAUAUCGAAAAUGAUACGCGUAAGGAGAGUAGCAAAGUGGGUCCGGCAAUUAUCAGUGAUAUGUCAAGAACUAAAACGGCUAGCUUGCAAAAGAAAACCAGAAAAUCGGAUGAAUUGAGUAAUAGUGAUAGUGAUUUUGGUGAGGACGAUGACUCGGCCGAUGAUGCGUACAGCUUAAGUGAAUAUGAUGAGACGCGCACAACAGAUGGCAAAACCUCGGAAACUAAUUUGCCCAGCCUCUUCAAACUGCACGACAAGAUACUCUCACUGAGCGUUUUGGUGAAUGCCGAGUUUGGCGCUCAAUGCGUCCCUUAUAUGGCGGCCUGUUUUGUCAUCACCAUUUUCGGCAUCUUUUUGGUGACCAAGGUCAUGUUUAUUGUUGGUGGCAAAAAUCAAUUGCUGGACUAUGUGAUCUAUCUCUAUGUCAUAUGGAGUUUCACCACCAUGAUGGUGGGUUACUUCGUAUUGCGUUUAUGUUGCAACACGAAUGCGCACUCCAAGCAAUCGGCUAUGCUCGUACACGAGAUUAUGCAGAAGAAACCGGCAUUUAUGCUGGGUAAUGAUAUCUACUAUAACAAAAUGAAGGCGUUCACAUUGCAAUUUCUACACUGGGAAGGCUACUUUCAGUUCAAUGGCAUCGGGUUGUUCGCAUUGGAUUAUACCUUCAUCUUCUCGACGGUAAGCGCGGCCACAUCGUACUUGAUUGUGUUGUUGCAGUUUGACAUGACAUCGAUUUUGAAAACCGAUGGUCUUACACCCAGAGCUUUGACAGCAGACACUGCUGUAAAUACUGCUUAAAGCAAAUGAAUUUUACCGUUAAUAUCGACUUAUUAAGUCUUUAAUAACUAUUUUAUUAACAUUUUUCACUUAAGAAAAUUUCGAAACUUUUUCAGUACUCAAAUAUGCAUGUUUUUCAAAAUCUCAGUGUAAUCAUAAAUAAUUUUUCAAUUUUCGAU